CUAUUACCAUCAACCGAAGCAGUAAACAAGUUGGCAGAACGGGCUAAACAGUUAAAAAUCGUAAAAUCCUUAGCGACAAAGUUAGCUUAUCGAGUCAUCAUGCCCUGUAUUGUACCUACAUGCCUCCGUAGCGACAAAGAAAUGACCACUAUUCCGGAGGACGUAACACUCGCUUCUAGAUGGCUUGAGGCCAUCGAAAUUGGCUCUGGAUACUCGAUAGAAUUGGCUGAAAGUGAAUUUCAACCGGAAAUAUGCAGCUUACAUUUCACGGAUUUCGACACGAAUGCCGGUAGCUAUGAGGAACCGUCGAAGUUCAUUAGCCGCGAUGAAACCUGCACCCAAAUUUUCAGCUGCCGAAUGUGUUUAACAUUUCACCCGACCGAGGACAUGGUAUCCUUGGAAGGUACUAUAGGCGAGCGUACAAUUUCUUCUCUUUUAGAAAUGUUAGGAUUGGAUCUUCAGAACAAUCAGUUCUUUCAAAUGAUUUGUUUAGCAUGCAUUGCCAGGAUCGAAAUAUUUACUUCCUUGCAAACAAAUUUCACCCAAUCGGAGAUAGCCUUUCAAGAUUUGCUUCAGAAAAGUCAGAACAUACAGUAUCUUGAGUUUAAAAUAGAGAUUAGUUCCCCACAACUUACUAUCGUUGAAGAUGAAGAAGAAUUUACGGAGUUCGAGUCGUAUACCUAUCAAAAUGCUAGUGACGAUGAAAGCAUACCAACAGUUGCUCAGAAAAGUUGGAAGCAGCGUGAAAAGCGAACCAUGCGCCAAUCUAUGAAAAAUAAAAAAUCUCAGGAAUCAAUCAGUUUAAAGGAGAAGAUAGACCGAAAUUGCUAUAUAUGUGACACAAUUCAGCCAGAUGCUAACCAGUUGAUGGUUCAUCUUACAGAAAACCACAGCUCCGAGAUGGGCUAUCGAUGUGAGGAAUGCUCACUGGAUAUCCCUUUACUGUACAUGUACAAUCGACAUCUAAGCCGGCACGAUCAAUCGAAACUGCCCCUCAAGUGCAGCAUUUGUUCAAUGCGGUUCUCGUCUAAAUUUUGGGUCAAGCUACACGAGAAUAGAAUCCACGGUGCCAAUCAUAAUGUAAAACCAGUUAAGAUCAAAGCACGUGAUGUUGUUUGCGAACAGUGCGGGAAAGUAUGUGACAUUCGAAGACUUAAAGAUCACGUUCAACAGGUUCACCUAAAGACGAGUCAAUCGAAAUGCAACAUAUGUGGCAAAACUUUCACAACAAAGAGAAGUCUCGAAAGACACAUGCUUUUGCAUACCAAUGCGAAACCCUACAGCUGUGACCAGUGUGAGGAGAAUUUCAGACGUUUGCUCGAUUAUCGUCACCAUAAAAGCCUGGUGCACGAUGGUGUUAAUCCACACGUUUGUUCCGAAUGCAAUGAGGAAUUUAAAAACUACCGACUGCUUUAUGUCCACAAGCAGAAAGUUCACCAGAAAAAUGUUCCUAAAUCUCUGCGGGAGAAACAGUGUGAAACUUGCAAGCUCUGUCGCUUGCGAUUCGCGAAAGGCAGUGAGCUGAUGGAGCACAUACGCAGUGUACACAGCGAAGAAGAGUAUCCAGUGCUACAGUGUCCUCAUUGUCCGAAAACGUUCAUGCUGCCGACACGACUGUCAGUCCACAAGCUUAUCCAUUCGGGUAGGUAUGCCUGCAAGGAAUGUGGUGCUGGUCAUGUAGACAAAAAGAAGCUCCAGUACCAUAUGGAUCUCAAACACUCCGAUGGUCGGCUGUAUACGUGCUCCGAUUGCCCUACAACUUUCACCAGCCUGCACCAGCUUACCCUACACACUGUUCUGCACACCAAAGGAAAGCAGUUCCAGUGCGAGUACUGUGAGAAAGCGUUCCUGCGAAGGUUUCAACUGGUUAUUCAUACACGAAUUCACACAGGGGAAAAACCGUUCGAGUGCGUUGGAUGCCUAAAACGUUUCGGUGACGAUAGAACUUUUUGCAAGCACAAAAAAAUCUGCCAGGCACUGCUCGAGAAGAAACUCGCGGAACCGAAACUUGAGAACGUGUAAUGCGUGAUUAACUCUAUGCCCAGGUUGAGCAGCCAGAAUAAACCUCUAGCAUACAAAUCGAAACUCAGUUUGUUUUUGGUAUGGGAACUAAAAUGGUAUUGGUCAGAGGUGACAUCAACCUUAUCAGUCAGUAUGAGUCGGCGUGGGUUUCAGGAGCAGAAUUGAAAUCUGCAUGGAACAAUCGCUUUUCCGCGUCCAUUGAAACCAGGUAAUAUCGCUGGGCUUUUUAACAGAUUAUUAUAACCAAUUGUGAUGAAUA